UAUGGUUUUAUUACCAGAUUAUGAGAUACAAGAGAGUGGGUACAUUUCUGAAUGGAAAUUUAAAGUAUCUUGGUAUGGAAAUGUGUUCAUUUCAAUUUGGCGAGAUGCUGGACAGGGUAAACUUCGAUUCAUCGGCCAAGUUCAUAGAUUGAUAAGAUCCAAGCAAGUUGGUUCCAUUGUUACAAUUAGUGGUGCAACUGAGAGAUCAUUUAAAGUGCAAAAAGGCGAUCUUAUCGCUAUAGGACAUUGGGGUUUAACAAAGCACAGUAUAAUACCUACAACUUUUGGAAAAUGUACUAAAAAUGUUAAGCUCAUUCACACUGGUCUAACUUUAGCCUUUUUGAACUCGAGGACUACUUUAUCCUUUAAUCCAGUACCAGGGGAUAAUGGUUGCAGAUCUUACGAAUUAGGCAUUCAAGUUGUGAGACCAAAGAAUGCACAUUGGGGAGAGCCUGUGGCUCGAUGGGGCAUAUCUGCCCACAACUGGGUUACAAAUUACCACAGUCAUAAUUUCGAAAGCUGUCUUGUUCUCUGUAUGGUAGAAAAUACUUUCGACUGUAAAGGCAUUGACAAUAGACUCGGAGACUGUCAAUUGAACAACAUUACUCUGCAAGAGGCUAAAGAUCUCGGUAUGUGGUCUGGAAAGUGGAGGACGUAUACAUAUCAAGAACUUAUAUAUAAAGAAGGCCCUGUAGAGCCACCACCCCCUCCUGUGAUAGAGGCAUGUGAUAACACAGAGAGCCUAGGACCAAUUGCAAAACUUCAUCCAGCUGAUACAACUAUUAGCAGACAACUCCAGAUUUAUAUUCUUUCACCUUUUAAAUGUGUAGGAUUGAUAACGAAGUGGGAAUUUUACGCUAAAGUUCCUGGCUUCGUUUACCUCUCAGUAUGGAGAAAGCGAAAUAAUGUCUGGAAGCUUGUCAAAAGUAACAAAGUAGAAGCAACCUCUACCGGAAAACAAAUAAUUGAAAUUGCAGAAGACGAUCAAAUAAGAGCAAAAGAAGGAGACGUUAUCGGCUUUUAUUACGACAAUGAUCCAGAUGCAACUGAAGGUGUAAUAAGUUACGUUCAAAAGAGUGAUGACAAUAUCAACUUAUGCUGCGAUCUAAAGCAGGAAGAUUUGUAUCCUCUCCAUACAGGAACAAUUUUUGCCGAUACAAUCGAGAACUAUGACGGAUCCGACAAUCCGGAUCCAGUUAUAACUCGUGCAGCAGCUAUAAAGGCUCAUCUGUUCCCCACAGCGGAAUAUUCUGGAUUUUUUCCUCUAGAUGAAUGCCAUACCAAUGAUGACGGUGAUGUUACCGAUGUAACAAUCAAUAAUAAUUUGGGAAAACCACAAAAUAUAGAAUUUGUUGAAGGCUCAGACGGCAAUAAAUUUGGGGCUAGCUAUUUUGAUGGAAAGGCCGAAAACUUUAUUGAAAUCGAAGAAAGUCAGAGUUUAGAUACUAAACUUGGAAUAACAAUCAUGAUUGAUAUCUAUCCUGAAACUAGGACGGGAAUUAUCGCUAAAUAUAGCGAAGGACCAAAUGGAGGAAUUGAAUUGAUGAUCAGAUCAGGCAAAAUAUUCUUCCGCUUAGUUGAAAGGGGUAAAGAAUAUGGAUCGAAUGAAUUUCUCAUAAGCAAAUCAGUUAUUACCCAAAAAACUUGGACCCAUGUAUCAGUAACUUACGAACCAGUUUCUAAAACGGGAACUAUCUAUAUAAACGGAAAGAAAGACGCUACACAUACUUUUCAAACAGCAAGAGAGUUGGCUACUGAAGGAAACAUUCGACUUGGCUCUUAUCCAGGAGACAAUAGAUAUUUUGCUGGUAGAAUGUCUUGCCUUAGAAUUUGGAGCUCAGCACUAAACGAAGAGGCAAUCGAAAAAGAAAAGCAGUGUCGCAUUCCCUAUCCUCUCCUAGAGGAACAUCCUUUAAUUAAAGCAAAAAUUGAAGAUGCCGUUAUUGUUAAAGACAAUCUUACUUUACGUUGUGAUUUUGUUCCGAAACCGGAGAAAGAUAGUAGAUAUCAAAUUGUAUGGUACAUGACAAAUGACACAAAGAUGGAGAAAAUCCAUUCUGAGUGGAUUGAUAAUCUGGAUCCAUUGGUUGACAAAACAGCCACAGCCUUUUUAACAGCUGAAACUCACCUUAAAUAUCCUGAGCUUCUUUCUCAAGGGGUACAAUGUAGAGUCUUUACUUGCUAUAAAGACGAAUGCGGCGGAGAAAUUGAAAGCUGUGGAAAGAGGAGUAAAGUCCUUAAACCAGAGAUUACCAUGACAACCAAAGGUCCAUUCACUUUAGAAGAAGGUGGAGAUACACAAACAAUAGAAUUUAAAUGCUCACUCCCUCCCUCCGUUGUUUGUGAUUUGGCCGAAGAAUGUUCAAUUAAGAUUGAAUUUGAAAUGACCGAGAUUAAUAAAGAACAAGUAUGUCCAUUCUCUAAUGCUAUUUUGCCUCAAGUUGUCGUUGAAGAACCUCAAUCGGAAUUUUAUACAUCAUGUGGAGUUAUUGUAAAUAAUUUAAAUUGGCAUAAAUCUUUAAGUCUUAAAAUUAGAGCGACGAUUGAUAAUAUAAUUGAUAAAGACGUAAAACGUGAAAUUAAAUUUAAACAAGUGUAUAUAACUAAAACUAAAGUUCACACGGGUAUUGUGUUUGCUAGUAGCGAGGUGACUAUUAUUGACAGAGAUAGGAGAAAUCAUCUUUGUCGAUCUGUUAAUGAUCCUCAUAUGACUACUUUCGAUGGAAACUUUUAUAAUAAUCAUUUGGAAGGAGAAUUUGUACUUUAUAGACACAAAAUUUUACCAUAUGCCGUUCAUACUUUCUACAGACCUUGUAGUUUCCGCCGAGGUGCUACAUGUAAUUGUGCUGUUGCUAUUAAGGCUGUUGAUGAUGUAAUAAUCCUUGAUAGAUGUGGUCCCUUCGCUGCCAAAGGACAUGGCAGUAGAAAACCUCUAAUGAUUGAUGUAUUUAGAAAUGGUGAAAUGACUUACGGGUUUAAUAUUGUCCAAUUCGGCGGCGGAAAGAAGUAUAAAAUUUUCUUGCCUACCGGAACAUCAGUUGUAGUUAUGCUAAAUCGUGGUUAUCUAAAUGUAUGGGUCAGUCCUUCAACAGCUGAUUAUAGUCGAUCAGAAGGUCUCUGUGGUCUCUACGAUCAUGAUAAGAGUAAUGAUUUGUCUGAUAAGGAUGGAAAUAUACUUGGUAUUGGUGCUUUUAAUAAAUAUUGGAGAGUUAAAGACGAAGAUUCUCUAUAUAGAGGAGUAUGUUCUGAUCCAACAGUUAGCGAUGAGGUUCAUAGUCUUAGCAAUGAAAAAUAUUGCUCUUGCGGUUCCUCAUCUCCAACUAAAUGUGAACUUGGUUUACAUCUUCUACCUUGUUAUUCUAAACCAAAAGUUGUGAAGGGCGUUUAUGCUUGGACUAAAUCAGUUGGUAGAAUGAUAAAGAAUGCCAAGAAAAUUUUACCAGAUGUCCUUUCUUUGGCGAAAUGUCAAGAAUUCUGUUUACAUGAGAAAGAAUUUACUUGCUUAUCAGUCAGUUAUAGAGAACGUUCAACUGAAAAGGAUUGUCAUCUUAAUGAUAUUGAGAAGGAAAAUGCAGGUGAUAAAUGGUCUGACGAAGAUAGGUCUUUCGAUUAUUAUGGGUUUGAAAAAUUAGGAGCUUUGGGUCAAUCUAACAUAAGAGGAGGAGUUGAUGUCACAGAAUCAUAUCUGCUUAAGUCUGUCGAGCCUGAGUGGUGCCCAAGUACAGAAAACGAUACAGCUGGAGACAGAGAAAAGUUUGAACACGAUCCAAAUGCAGAGUACACCGAGCCUGACGACUUUCCAAAUGGUCUAACAGAGGAAGAUGUUACCAUCAAAUGUGAAGAUUUAAUAUUAACAAGCUCCAUAUCAAAAGGAUGCGAAAAAGUUACAAUUGAGAAAGCGCAAGCCAUAAAAAAUUGCGUUGCGGAUUACAAAGUGACAGGUGAUUUCAUCUGGGCAUUUGCCGCAAUAGAUUCCCUUAGAGAGCAAUGUAGAGAUGAGCUAGACAGAGAUCCAUCUCUUUGGAAAAACGAAUCAGGCAUAUUCGUACCUGAUCCAGAAAUUGGUAAUCAACUUUGCUUCUCUGAUUGCAUGCAAAGGGGAAAGUGUAUAAAUGCUACUUGCAAAUGCGACGAUGGUUGGUUGGGCGUAGAUUGCUCUAUCGCAGAAAAUGAUGCUCCAGUUGUAGAUACAAUAGCAGAUGGUGGUAGCUGCAAUAAUUUGGCUGGUUCAUGUAAUACAAUUGAAAUACUCGGUAAUGGUUUUGUCGAUACGACAAAUCUUAUUUGUCGAAUGGAAAAAAUAGAGAUUUCUGCGACAACCAUUAAGAGAACCAAUGAUAUUACUACAGUUAAAUCAGUCUACAUUUCAGAAUCGAGAAUUGAAUGCGUUAUCACUACACAGCAGGUUAACUCUAUAAGCUAUGCCGUGACCAUCAGUAAUAAUAAUGGAAAGAAUAUCAGUAACGAAGUUAUCUUCUUCGUUUAUAAUUCCGAUUGUAUGGAAUGCGAUUUGAAAAAUAGAACAUGCGUUGACAAAGUUGACACUUGCGUUAUUAAUAGCAUCUGCUAUAGAAAAGGAGAUAUUAAUCCCCUUUCCAAAACAGAAAUGUGUGAUCCAGAUAAAAAUAGAAACGACUGGACAAUCGACGAUAGAUUAUCUAUUGUACUUCUUCAAGCUUUUGACAAAUGUCAUCCUGGAGAGGAUUUGUCACCCACUGCAGCAAAUGCUGAACAUUAUAAGGUGGAGAGCUCAGAUGAGAGUCCACCUGGUUCCUUCGGUGGUUCAGCUUUCUUCGAUGGAAAGAGUGACCACUACGUAAAAGUUCCCAAUAGUGGUGGACCUGUAGACGUCAAAUUUUCUAUUACACUAUCUUUCUACGUAAAGCCAACAAAAUUACAAAAUAGUAACAUAUUCCAAUUCAUAGAGCCAGGAGAAACCCGCCCAAGAGGAGUCCAUAUUUUCUUACAGAGAUCUGGCAGGAAUCUGAAAAUUUUGACUCAGCUCUAUGCAAGAGAAUCUAAUAACAUACUCCGUAGACUUACACCUAAAGGCGUAACUACUGUUGAAGUGAACGAGUGGACUCAUGUUACAGUUACUUUUGACUAUAAAACUAGCGCCUUAUCUAUUUAUAAGGAUGGUGAAAAAGCUUCCACAGUACAGAUAAGAGAAAAGAAACUUUUAUCAACAUUCAACCCUGUUUAUUUCGGAUAUGAUAGAUUCAGGAGUAGACGAUUUGUCGGUUAUUUGUCUUGUUUCCAAAUACACAGGAGAAGCCUGGAUGAGGCUGAUGUCAAAAGAUUAAUGAAGUGUCCAGUUGCUUUCCCUGUUUUAAAAGAGAGUCCAAAAGUUUCUGUUACUGCUGUAAAUGUAACAAAUGGCGACACAACUACUCUUGAAAGAGCUCUACAAUGCAGCUUUCCUGCCGUUGAAAAUGCUCAAGCUGAUGUUCAAUUUAAACUUGAAUGGCAAAUUGGUGGUCAUACUGUCAAAUCAGCAGCUUUAACCCAAUUGCAACAAUCUACUGAUGGUAUUGAACACAUUUUACUCUUUAGCGAAAUGAAAAAUCGCAAAUUGACAAAUGGAGUUGUUUGCACUGUUCAACCCUGUUAUGAUGAUAAUUGUAAUUGCAAAGCUCAAUCGGAAACUUUUAAACCAAUUGUUAAGGUCACAACAGAGGGUCCUAUUAGUCUCUACGAGGGUAAAGAAAGUGCAUUUUUAAAGAUUGAAGCUAACUUACCUCCAACAUAUCUAUGUUCUGACGAAGAUUGCGUUGUUAAAAUCGAAGCUUUUGUUGUUUCUAGGGGUAGGGAAUACCGUUGUCCUAAACCACCAAGGAAUUACUAUCCUCAAGCUGUCGUUGGUUGGGGAGAUUCUGAUAUACGAUUCGCCCAUUGCGGUAUUACCAUUACGGAAGAUUCGUUUGAUAAUUUACCAUCUAUACCUAUCAGAGCAACAGCAGAUAGAAUAAUAGAUAGAUUAGCUAUCAGAAGUUUAAAAAUUUAUAGACGCCACUAUGUAAAGAAAUUGGUUGUUUGGGAAACUCUAAUAAAAACAAUUGAACUUAAAAUUUACAAUACCGACCAUUUUGCCCAAUGUAAGAGUUUUAAUGAUCCGCAUAUUACAACAUUUGAUGGAAGAAAAUAUGACAACCAUUACGAAGGUGAAUUUAUUCUAUAUAAACACAAAACUCUACCUUAUGCCGUUCACGCCUUCUAUCGAAAAUGCUCUACAAAUCCUAAGUCAUAUGUAACUUGUAAUUGCGCCGUUGCCGUUAGAUCCGGUGAUGACGUUAUCGUCUUUGACCGUUGUGGCGCUAAACGUGACAAGAGUAAUAAGAAUAUCGAAAUUAAAUUUUACAAAAAUGGGCCAUUGACAACUGGAACAAGGAUAAUAAGUCAGCAUGGUGGAAAAAAAUAUCAAGUAAUACUGCCAACUGGAACUGUUAUAAAUGUACUAACCAGCUUUAGCAAAUUUGUAAACAUUUUAAUCGUUGCUUCCUCUGAUGAUUACGAUAAUACUCAAGGUCUCUGUGGUACUUAUAAUAAUGAGAGAAGUGAUGAUUUUACAAAGAGAGAUGGCUCUCUUCUUACUACUACUUCAAGGAAACCCAAUGUUUUCUCAGUAUCAUGGAGAGUAACAAAAGAAGAAUCAAUUUACUAUGGUUUAUGCGCUGAUAAAUUGACACCUGCAGAUAAAAUAAUACCUAAAAUAUAUUGUCAUUGCCAAGAGGGUAGGAAGACAAAAGAUCAGAGUUGCGGUUUCAGCUAUGAUACCAGUCUUUGUACACCACUAGGCAAAGAUAUAUCGGGAAGCUUGAAAGUCUUCAAAUCAAAGUGUGUUAUUGAAGCGGAAGAUGAAUUUGAAUUUGAUCCUGAGGAACCUAAAGAUAACAAAUGGGAAGAUGGAGGUUUGACUGAAAAAGAGGCUAGAGACGCUUGUACUCAACGUCUAGAGAAUUCUCAAGUCCAUAAAAUUUGCUUCCCGAAAUUUUUAUUUAAGAGCGAAAAAACUGAUUUAAUUACUGAUUGCAUUAAUGACGUUCAGGCUGCAGGAGACGAUCAAUGGGCAGGAGCAAUAGUAGAAGCUGCCAAAGAAAUUUGUGAACAAAGAACUGAAACUGAUACAGAUAAAUGGGAUGGAAAAGAUGAUCCUCCACCAAAUAUUGUAGAGAAUUUGUGCUUGAACGAAUGCUCUGGAAAUGGAGUUUGCAAAAAUAGUAUUUGUAAAUGCGAAGCUGAUUUCACAGGUGCUGAUUGUUCUGAAGAGGUCGGUAAACCUCCAAAAAUUACUUCCGAAUAUGUUCAUUGCGAUCUCUCCAAAUCGGAUUGCUCGAGUAUUGUUAUUGAAGGGGAAGAAUUUGUUGAUUCUGAUACUUUAGCCUGUAAAUUUAUUGAAGUUACUGUUAGAAAGGGUUUAAAAUGGAUUCUAACGAGAAAAAUUCAGACUAGUGCUGCUACUUUAAUAGUUGAAGGAAAAGUUCAAUGCGUGGUUCCCGAUAAGAGUAAACAUUAUGUAGUUACAGUAACAAAUGAUGGUGAAAAAUUUGCAACUAAACUCAUAAUCGUCAUCAUUUUCAACUCGAUAUGUACUGAUUGUAAUAAAGAGACUGGAUGGUGCAGCCAGAAACCUUCCGGUGGUUGCCUGAUCUUGAAUAAAUGUUAUGGGCCAGGUGUACGAAAUCCAAAAGAUGACAGACUAGAAUGUCAACCUACAACUAGCAGCUCAUCCUGGACUGUCAUAGGAACCGAAUUACCUAUCGCAAUUUAUGCCUUGGAUGACUGCUCUCUAGCCAAAGACUCGGCUAGAGGAAGAUCCGACGGAGAGGUUAUCGGAGAUUAUAUGAUUACUGAUGGACCAGGAGGACGAGCAGAUGGAGCCAUUAGCUUCAGAGGAUCAACUCGCAGCUAUAUUAAAAUUGAAAAGAAAGAAGUUUUAAAUACGAAAUAUUCAAUUUCUGUAUUCAUGCACGUUUAUUUCGAUCUUCUAAAUCAAAAAGCAUCUCUCUUCUCCUUUGGGGAAGAAGGACGAGUAUCUUUCUUCAUACAAAAUAGAAAUCUUGUAUUCUUAGCAAAAAUGAAAGAUGACACCCUCUUCGAUAACAGCGUAGCCUAUAGAUUACCUAAUAACUUGGCUGGUAAAUGGAUACAUGUUGGAGCAUCAUAUGAUUAUUCUAAAAGUACAUUGGCUCUCUACGUAAACAGAAAUAGAGUUAAAUUCGAAGAAGUUUCUCUUCGCGAACCAGUUACAAAUGAAGAUAUUUACAUAAAUCAUGUGACUACUGGCAAAUUUAGCGGACUUAAAGGAAAACUCUCCUGUCUAAAAGUUUAUGAUAGAGUAUUGAAAUCGGAUGAACUUGAAAGUGCAAGCGAAUGUCAAACUCUUGCUCCAUCGCUAAAAUCACCACCAAAACUUAUUGGUAUACAACAUACAACAAUCGUCAGGAAGGUGAUAAAGAAAAACUUUGCCGAGAAGAGAAUAAUUACAAGAGUUGUUGUCGAAGGAGGCGUAAAUAAGACUACAACAGAAGAAACUUGGAACAAUUAUACAAAAACAAUUGAAACAAACGAAACAACCCAAACUAAAGCGUUUGCUUACGCAUGUCAAAUCAAUUUAUUACAAUCUGAAAAGAUCAUAAGUUACGCAUUCUCGUGGUUAUACAAAGGUAUAGAAGUUGGUAUGUCGAAUUACUUAAACGUAAAGAAAGAAUUUAACAUCUAUAAUGGUGUCAUACCUGAUUCAUUGAUGAACUCUAUUGCAUCACCUGAAUUGUUGUCUUGCCAAGUUGCAACAUGCGAAGAAGGCGAUUGUGAGAAAAAGUGCGUAAAGAAGAGUAAUCCUUUUAAGAAUUCACUUGAAGUACUUACAAAAGAGAUAACGGUUGUUGAAGGAGGACAUGUUGGCUUUAUUGCAAUUAGAAGUCCAGUUCCACCUUCAGUUAUUUGCGCACCAAACGAUACUUCCACUUGUAGUAUAAGAAUAACAGUUCGCAUUAAGGAACACAACACUGACUAUAAAUGCUAUGAUAAAACGAAAAUUCCCCAAUUUGUUGUUGGAUGGAAACAAGAUGAUGACACAACAUCUUCAGAGGCUUUUUGCGGUAUUGAACUACCUCAUUCAAGAUGGGAUGAUAUUUUGAAAAUACCAAUUAAAGCCAAGUUAGAUAGAAUCAAUGAAAAGGGAAAAACCGUUAUAAGAUAUGCCGAAAUUGUUCAAACUGUUUACAUUCAAGGUGUUGCCAUAAGAGAAUCUGUCGUUAUUGGAGAAGUAACAGUGAAAGUCGUUGAUAUGGAUAGGCCAUCUAUGUGCAUGAGUUAUGGUGAUCCUCACUUCAAAACAUUUGACAAUCAGAAAUACAACUUGUACCGUGAAGGUGAAUUCGUCUUGUAUCGACACAAAACUCAACCUAUUCAAGUAAACGUCUUACUUAAAGCUUGCGCUUAUUGGGGUGUAAGUACUGCAACAUGCAUUUGUGUCGUAGCCGUUAAAAUCCAAGAUGACGUUAUACUUAUUGAUACAUGCGGAGGUUUGAAUGGUAAUAAAGUUAAAAAGGAAUCUUCAGAGAUAAGCGCUUAUUUAAAUGGAAAUCUUACCAAGAGCGUUAAAAUCCAGCAGUUUUCUAAUAAUUAUAGAAUUCUUUUACCUACUGGUACCGUCUUGAGAACUGAAGUUUGGAAACAUGAUGGUUAUAUGUUCAUGAACGCUUAUAUAGAAUCUAGCCCCUACGAUUGGGAAAUGACAGAAGGUCUCUGCGGUUUCUACAAUGGUAAACGUGUUGGUGAAUUAAUUGGUAGCGACGAAAUCAUCUACAAGAAUAAUUACCUACCUAAUAAGUUCAUUUCUACUUGGCUCGUUACCGAAACACUCUUCGGAGGAUACUGUCCACCAGUUGUUGAAGAGUCAAACACAACUGAUGUAAAUAAAACUGAAGAGGAACACUUUUUCUGCGAUUGUAUUUCAGGUCAAGAAAAAUGUGGAUCAGGCUUACUUAAGAGAGAAUGUCCUCUUAAUAAAAUUGAAAGUAAAUGGCAGGAUGUUACCCAGUUUGUAGUGGACGAUGCUGAACAAACCGAAUGUGAAAAUCCUGAUAACAAACCAGAGAUUAUUAUAAUAACAACUCCUGACCCUGUAGAAAAGACAUGGCCUGUUAAAAAUAUCACCAAGGAGAAGGCAAGAGAAAUUUGUCGACAGUCAUUAACCAUUAUUGCGUGCGGAAAGGAAAUUGAUAAAGAGGCACUAGAUAGAGAUAUCGAAAGUUGCAUGGCAGAUAUUUUAUUAUCAGAAUCACUGAAAUUUAUUGGAGCUACAGUAGAGGCAGCAAAGACACGUUGCGAAAUUGAUGAAGGUAAUAAACCAGAGCCAGAUCCUGAUGUUACUGGCAAACUUUGCCCAAGUAACUGUAAUGGGCGCGGUGAUUGUAACGAGGGUAUAUGCGAAUGCAAAGACAAGUACACUGGAGACGAUUGUUCUAUCGAAAAAGGUAAAAAACCCAGAUGUUCGAGAGCAGUUUGUUCUGGAUUCUUGUGUAAAUUCUUCACUAUCUGGGGAUGGGGAUUCCAGAGAACAACCUCCCUUUCAUGUCAUUUCCAAAAAUGGACUAUCACUAAAGGUUCUGUCACGGUUGUUGGAAACUCAAUAAAAACUUCAGCUACAUAUAUUAGCGGUAGCAGAAUCCGUUGUACUCUACCAGCAGAUGAUGCAGACUACACUAUUUCGGUUAGUAAUGAUGGAGGAGAUUCUUGUGAGGAUCCACCAAUUACUCCCAAGUUAAAAUGUCAUCGCUGCUAUUACAAUAAGCAAGGAAAAUUAGAAUGUAAAAUAAGAAGAAAUACUUGUUAUAUUGGUCAAAAAUGCUUCUCAGCUAGUCAACUAAAUCCAGAAAAUAACUUACAAAUCUGCCGUCCAGGACAGGAUCCUUAUGGAUGGACAACCAUAAGUACUGUAAAUUACAAUGUUUGGUUUCCAUUCGAUUCGUGCCGUCGUAUGCAUGACGUUCAGAGGACAUACGAAGUCGAAGGGGACGGAACAUUCGUCAAAUGGGGAAAUUCUCAAGCUCUUUCAUUUAUGAAUAAAAGAAGAUUAAUCAGACAUGAUAGCGAUUUCAGCCCAGUGACUAGUUUCUCUAUCACUACUUCUGUUCUAAUCGAGAAUAGAAUCAGGAGACACACUAACCUAAUUAGAUAUUCAAGAACUUCAGCAAGAACUCAAAUCACUCUAACAGCAACAACAAGACAUUCAAUCAUAUUUAGAGUUAUGAAUAAAUAUGUGUCAACCAAAAACAAUAUUAUCGAAAUAGGCAAAUGGGCACAUAUUCAAGCAUCGUAUGAUUAUGAUACUGGUAAAUUGACUGUAAAGGUCACGAAAGAAAACACUGAAACUUUCGAAAAGGAUACAUCUUUGAAACUUAUCAACAUCGAUUCGAAUAGAAUUUUCUUGGGUGAAAAAUUAAGAGGAUCAAUGGCUUGUGUUGGAUUCAAAUCAUCCCUCGAUAUUGAAGAUGAAUUUAAAGACUGUAGAGAGUCCAGCUACUUCAAAAUUGCAAAUAAACGAGUUUCUGAAGCUUCCGUCAUGUAUAAAGAAAGUUUUGACGGAAAUUUCGUUUUCAAUUAUAAAUUUAAAGCUCUACAAGACGCAAAUGUUGAAUAUAGAUUCAAAUGGUACAGUGGUGAAGAUGUUUAUGAACAAAUGAACUUUACAGUGGCAAAUGGUGGAGACUACCAAAAUGGUACUCUUCUUAUACCUUAUGAAAAAGCAUCUAUUGUACAAAAAGGGUUGCACUACGCGGUUACAUCUUGUCUAACUAAGGAUUGUACACCUGAAAAUUCAUGCCCAGGUUACAGUAAUAUGUUUGUACCAGGCAUCCAUGUUACAACGGACAAGGAAAUAACAAUAGUUGAAGGAGGUGCAGAGGUUUACAUCAAAGUCAUCUCUAAUGCCCCACCCAACUUGAUUUGCAGAGGACCUCCACCACCUAAAAAGGAUUGUCGUUUGAUUGAAGUUAAAACUCCGCACGAAACUAUGAUAUUGAGACCAAACGGAGAGAAAUGCAAUGAUAGACCAAGUUAUAUUCAUAUUGGUGAUGAUUUAGAUACAUAUCUAGGUUUCGAUGGAGAGAGAUGGAAUAUUGGUAAUUCUGUUUGCAGCGAUGAUGUUGCUAAAGGCAUUAAGGCUGAUCAACCUUAUUUCAAAGGUUCUAAUGAUACUGGAUUCUGGCCUCCUGGCUUCCAUGUUAAAUGCAUAGAAUCUUGUCAAAAUAUACAAAUUGUUGGCACUGGAGAAACGGAUGGUGCUUAUGAAAAAACAUUAGAAAAUUGUGACAGUAGACCUGUUUACAAAUCGAAGAAUGAUUUAGAUCCUGAAAAAGAACAUUUCCUAUUCUCCUUUGAUGGAAAGUGGGGAAUUGCUAAAGAAAAAUGUACAGCCGAUUUCCUAGUAACAGGACCAGAAAGAGAAUGGCCUGAUGAUAAAGCAGAAAUAAGUUGGCCCGAAAAUGUUGAACUGAAAUGCCUCGCUUACAAAUAUAAGGAAGAGGGAGAACAACAAGAAUAUUCAAAGUGCUACGUUAAAAUCGUGACUAUUAUUGAAACUGUCAAUAGAGAUUUUAAAUGUAAAGAUAAAUCACUUAUACCGCAAGCUGUUAUUGGAGUUCCACCACCAAUAGGAGAAUUGAAACAAUAUUGCGGUGUUUUCAUUACAGAAUUCAACUGGAAUUCACCAAUUAGUAUACCAGUGAAGGCCAAGAUUGACGGAAAAUUUGAAAGGAAAACUAAAAUAAGGAAAUUGUUCAUUAAGGAAACUCACAUUGUGAAUGAAGUUGUAGUUUACAAAAGAGUAGUUGAAGAGAUAACGCUAAAUAUUAAGGAUCCCUAUUCUGAUUGGAAAGGACAUAUUUGUAAAUCAGUUAAUGAUCCUCAUAUGACAACAUUUGAUAAAACUCGUUAUGAAAUGCAUUUGAAGGGCGAAUUUGUCCUCUAUAAACACAAGAACUUAUCAUAUGCUAUUCAUGCCAUAUACACACCUUGCAAUAGAAAUAGACCUGGAGGUGUUUCAUGUAAUUGUGGAGUUGUAGUAAGAGCGGGUGAUGAUGUUGUUUCAAUCGAUAGAUGUGGAUUUGAUAGUGGUGCUCCAACAGCUGCAGGUGCUCCUUUGAAAGUACAAGUUUAUAAGAAUGGCGAUUUUGAAACUGACUUUAAAAUUACAAAAGUACGAGGAGGAGCUUAUGGCAUUUAUCUACCCACCGGAACUUAUCUACUCGUUACCAGUAGCUUUAAAAAUUUUGUCAAUUUAUUCGUGACGGCGUCUGAAGCUGAUUUUGGUAAUGUUGAAGGUCUAUGUGGUGACUAUGAUCACAAUAAACAUAAUGACAUGGCCGUUAUUGGUGAUUUCAAUCAAUGGAGAGUACACCAAGAAACGUCAUUAAUUGGUGGUUUAUGUACCACUUCUACAACUGAGAUAAAGGUUGAAUCAAAAACAUACUGCGAAUGUCAAACAGGACAUAUUGCUAUUUGUGGGCCAGGGUUAGAUAAAUCAGUUUGCACAUUUGCAUCCGGAAAGAAAUUUGACAUUACCGCUCAACUACUCGCUAAAGCCAAAGAUCCUAUUGGAUGUGCUGAUGGUGGACGUCCUCAAAUAGUCAUUGAAGAGCCUGACUUUAAUGACAAACCACGUUGGCCAACUCCCAAUGGUAUUACCAAGAAACAAGCUGAGGAAUUCUGCAGAAAGAGAAUUUUGGAAAGUACUACUAUCAAAGUUUGCGGAAAAGUGAGAAAUUUUGAAAAGGAAUCCAAUGUCGAAAAUUGUAUGACUGAUAUCCAAGCCACUGAUGACAGAGAUUGGGUUCAAACUGCAAUAGACUCGUCUAAAAUUGAUUGUGAAGUAUUUACGAAUACCGAUACAACUGAUUGGGAAGAAGAUGACGAAGGUAAUCCAAAACCUCCUCCAAAUACAGUAGAAAAACUAUGCCCUAGACAAUGUAGCGGCAAUGGAGAAUGUGUUGAAGGUAUUUGUAUAUGUAACGAUGGAUGGUUAGGCGACGAUUGUAACUUUAAUGGAAAAACUCCACCAAUUGUUAUUCCGCAAACCGUUCGCUGUGAUUAUAGCAAAUACAACUGUGGUGAAAUUACUAUUACUGGUACUUUUGUGGAAACUGAUCAUCUUUUCUGUGAAUUGACGCCUGUAGUAUCAUUCUCUUGGAAAGACUUUAAAGUACUUGGAAAUAACCGCGCCAAGGCUCUCAGCGUUAAAGCUAAAGUAAUUUCAGUUAAUCAAGUUACUUGUCUGAUCCCAAGAAAUGAAAUUUAUACUCUAAGACUUACUUAUGAUAGUAAAGUUUACUCUGAAAGCUUGACACUACUUAUUUAUAGUAGUAUCUGUUAUGGAUGCACUCAAACUGGCUGCAAAUUGAAGGAGGGAUCGAGGAUGAAUUGUGUUAUAAAUGGCGUAUGCUAUCCUAAAGAGGCAAUUAACCCCUUAAAUAGAGAGUACUGGUGUGAUCCAUCAUCUAAUAAAUUGAAAUGGACUACAAUUGGUCUGACAGUUGUUAAGGGAACAGCAACCACUGUUUUACAUUUCGAAUCAACCAAGAUCAAGUCAUCUACAACUAAAAUAGAAACAACAUCAGUGAAAGGAGGCACUACAACAUCUAUAAGUACUACUAAGACUUCAACCACAAUUUCCAAGACAACGGCGAAAAUCAGGCAAACGAUUGAAGGAACCAUAAUUGAUUUGACCUCUGGAAGUUCUUGCGUUGAAAUUCAACCAAAGAAUCCAGUUUCCUGUUUGACCGAUCUUAAGAAUUGCGCUAGCGGUAUAACUCUGUCAUUGAACAUUGCUUUCAUGAAACAGGUAGAAGAAGGUGCUGUCUUGUUCAGUACUGGAGGCGAUGAUGAUAAUGUGGGUAUUGGUUGGACAAUGUUCUACAAAUUCGGUUCCUGGGUAUUAAGAGCGGUUGUUGAUGACAAAAAAUGGGAAGUUGCUAUUCCAGCAUCUGUAAGUAAAGCCCACUGGCAAGAGUUCAUGUUCUCUUGGCAUAAAGAAGAAGGAUUGUUGGUUUACGUUGGAGGUCUUAAAGUAGCUGAAUCUAAGAUGUUCGUUGCACGAAAAAUAGCUGGUAAAGCAAUUAUGGCUUCUAGACUAGUUUUUGGCUGUUCAGCAACUUUAAAAACAACUACACUUCUUCAAGUUCAAAUGACUCAAAUAGUAAUCAGAGAGAAAUUCAUCACUACAUUGGUCUUGGAUGGUGCUAUAACAAUCAAAAGAACAACUUGUCCACUUGGAUGGGUCGCCAUUGCUGGUUGGUGUUAUACCACAACCUCUGAACAAUUACCUUCAGAUGGUUGCAAAAAAUUGCAUCCUGAUGCUAAACUUGCUGAAUGGAGAACUAAAGAACAAUUUGAACAAAUCCAAUGGAUGUUUGAAGAGGCCUUCUUCAAAACCAGAAUAUGUAAGUGGAAGGUCGGCUUGAAACAUGUUGGAGGAAACGAACACAAAUGGACACAAAUUAAUGAAAAUCCUCAACAAGAUUCUAUUAGAUGGUUACCUGGACAACCUAAACCAAAAGGUCCACCAAUCAAGGAUUGUAUACAAAUAAAUAGAGAAAAGAAUUAUGGAAUGGCAAACAUAGUUUGCGAUUCCAAUCAACAUUUAGCCUGUAUGAUUGAAGAACCAUGCGCCUAUACUUUUGAAAAUCCAAUGAAGACUAAGGAAGUUGAUAAUCUUUCUUCUGAAAAAUCAAUAAUCAUCUUGGGAAGCAAUCAAUUCAAUUAUGACGUCACUUUGAAAAAGAUUAAAAUCAAUAUGAACAAAUUCAAAGGUCAAUUAACAGUUGCCAUUUUUAGACCCAAGAAUAUCUACAAUUUAUGUCAAUAUGAAACAAAAGAUACUGUCACAAUUAAUGUUGCAGAUGAAACAUCCGGUUGGAAAUCUUAUACUUUGGAUAAUCCAAUCGAAGGUACAACUGGAGAAGUUUUUGGUGUUAUAGUUCCAAAAAUGAAUAUGGUUUUAGCUCAAAGAUCACCAAUGCUUAUGAAGACGUUAACUUGCACUCUUUCGUCUAAUGUUGAUGACCUCAGCAAUAACAACUUUAAUGUUGAAGGAGUUGAUUUAACAUCAUCAUUCGACUAUAGUUUUGAAAUAAAUGGAUGCUUCGAACCAACUGGUACAAUUUCCCCUCCACCCAAAUUUGAUCUUACUGUGCCAGAUAAACCCACUAGACCAUCUACAAUAGAAGUAGUGGAUAUCAAUUUCAAGAAGAUCACCACAACUGGCAUAACAAUAGUAACAAAUACUACAAUCACUAUUUCUCAAACAACAAAAAUUAUAAAAUCAUCUCUGAAAUGCUCUACUAUACUUGGCCUAAAUGGAGUUGAUUCAUUCGUAAAAGUAGAUCCAAAAGGUUCUACCUCUUGUAUAUCUGACAUUGACACUUGUGACGAUAACGGUGUUUCCUUGGAGUUCAAGAUACAAGUAGAGGAGGUAAAAGAUAAUAUGGUUAUAUUCUCUACUGGAGGAGAAAAUGAACAAUAUACAGGCAUGACUAUGUUCUAUGCUUUCAAUUAUUACUAUGUUCAAGUUAGAAGUAGUACAAGAACCUACAAAUUACAAAUCGAAGCCAAGAAAAUUAUAAUUGGUCGAAUGAUUGCUUGUGCUGUUUCUUACAGCCCAAGAUCAGGUGUUGCCUUCUACGUUGAUGCUGCCCUAAUAGGUCGUGCCUUCUCAUUUGAAAAAACGACAUCAGUAAUCUUAAAACGUACAAGAUCAUCGAUAUUCUUUGGAAGAUCAACAACAACUACAACAAGAUGGGUCAAUAGUAAAAUGCAAAUAUGUGAAAUGACUAUAUUCAAGGCCGUAUUCGACUUGGUCAUCAUCUCAGGUAACAGAAUUCCAAAAUGUAGCGAUUCCAUUGCCGAUAUCGCCUUCCUUAUUGACGGCUCUAACAAAAGAACUGCUGAGGAAUUUGCAACUCAAUUACACUUUGUUUCUGGUAUCGCUAAAAGAUUACCAGUGUCUGACGAUAAGGCCCAUGUUUCUGUAAGCCAUUACGGUUUCAAUCCAAAAGAGCCUUUAAUAUCGUUUGAUGAGUACUUUUCAUCCGAUGACUUGAAGGAUGCUAUUCUAGAUUUAAAACAAGUUGGUGGAGUUGAUGAUUUGGCUAAAGGAUUAAAGGCUGUUGAGAAAUAUACUUUCAAACCAUCCAAUAAAGAUCGACCUGGUGUUCCAAAUGUUCUUUAUAUAGUUAUAAAUGGAAAUUAUACAGAUGAUGAUUAUACUGCUCUUAUUGCUGCAUUUGAUCUAAGAGUUAGUCUUGACGUAUCAAUUUACGUUAUAGGAAUAAAUGCUGACGAAGACCAAGUCAGAAUAUUAUCGUCUGCUCCUCAAUUACCGAACAAGCAAUACUUUUUGGUCGAAAAAGAAAAAGAUUUAGAAUUAGUAAUAAGACCUUUACUAGAAAUGGCCUGUACUCCACCACCUCCAGUUGAACCAACCAAACCUCCACUAGCAACAGUUACACCUUUGAUUGUAUGCACCAAAGUACAUAUAGAUUUGACUUUCAUCAUUGAUGAUUCUGGAUCAAUUCGUAAGAAGAAUCCAAAGGAUGGUUCACACGAUAAUUGGACGUUAAUGCUAGAAUUUGUCAAGAGUAUGAUUGAUUAUCUGGAAAUAUCUGAAAAUGAAAAUCAUGUUGCUGUUGUUCAAUUUUCAACUCAUGCAAAGAAAAUAUUCGGUCUUGACAAAUAUUAUUCAGCUGAAUUAGCUAAAAAGGCUGUAUCAAACAUACCUUAUUCGGCUGGAUGGACCAACAUUGCUAAAGGUCUUAGAACAACACGUACAUCCGUUUUCGGCAAAGGAGGAGACAGACCUGAUGCUCUUAACGUCGUAGUAAUCUUGACUGAUGGUGAAGCAACUCAUGAAAAAGGAAAUACUAUUCCAGAAGCGAAAUUAAUUAAGGAUACUGGUGCUAAGAUCAUUGCCAUUGGUAUUACCAAUUCGGUGAAAGAUAGUGAAAUUAAGGGAAUAUCAUCACCUCCUCAAGAGCUAGAUAAAACUUACUUUAAGGCCCCUGAUUUCACAGCCCUAAAAGAUAUGUUAGAAAGUAUCUUGGUAGAGACGUGUGUUGAGGUAACACUACCACCAUUCACUGGAACCACACCAAUGAUGACAACUGCUGGAGCUCCAACACCACCACCAACUAUCAAACCACCACCACCAAAUUGCAAGGAAUCUUUUAUCGAUUUAUUAUUUAUUGUCGAUUCUUCGGCUUCUAUUGAAAAGUCAGGAAAGGGCAAUUGGAAAAAAUUAAUCGGAUUUAUUCAACAGACCGUCCGAAGCUUGCAAAUCGGAACAAACAAAAAUCAAAUAGCCAUUAUAAAUUUUUCGACUAAAACCACUUUAGUUAGAUCAUUCUCUGCAACUCAAACGAGUGAAGCAGUAGAAGCUGAUAUACUAAACAUAAACUACGACAACCAAAAUACUAAUACUGCCGCAGGAUUCCAAAUGGCUCUUGAUCAAGUAUUUGGUCAACAGGGUGAUAGAAAUGAUGCUGCUGAUGUUGUUAUCCUAUUAACUGAUGGAAAACCCAAUAAAAAUAUAAAUCAAGCUAUUCCAACAGCUAAAAAGCUUCACCAAAGAGAUAUAAAGGUUGUGCCUAUUGGAAUCACUGAUGGAAUAAACGAAAAUUACUUGAAAGAGUUUUCAUCGUUUCCUCAGAUAGAAGGAGAAUCAUACUUCAAAUCUCCUGAUUUCGAUAAAGUAUUGGAUAUUAUUACUGAUUUGCUUACUAAAAUCUGUUUACCACCGAAACCACCUUUCCCUCCUGUCGUUUGCACAAAGUCUAAGAUUGAUUUAACCUUUAUCGUAGACACUUCAGCAUCAAUAAAACGAGCUGAUCCUGCAAAUUGGGACAAACUUCUUCUUUUCCUAAAGAAAAUCGUAAAUGCCUAUGAUAUUAGCGAUGACUCAAACAAAAUUGCCAUCGUAAGUUAUUCAACAAAAACAACUCUAGUACGUUCUUUGGGAGCUACCCAAACGAAAGAUGCAGUUUUGACUGAUAUCGAUAAUAUUCCCUAUGAUAACUUGAAUACAAACACUGCAGCUGGGUUGAGACGAACUCGUCAAGAUGUUUACAACAAACCAGGCGAUCGCGCUGACGCAGCAAAUGUUGUUAUCCUCUUUACAGAUGGCAAAGCUAACAGAGAAUCCAGUAAAACUUUCAGCGAAGCUCUACAACUUCGUUCAGUACCCGCAAAGGUUAUAGUUGUCGGUAUUACUGAUGGCGUAAGAGAAAGUGAAUUGAAGGGAAUUUCAUCUCAUCCUCAAGAAAAGGGUCAAAACUACUUUAUGACUGCCGAUUUCGAUUCACUGACUAGAAUUAUUUCAACUCUUGUCACUGAGACUUGUGUCACAAUAGCACCUCAGCCAACAUUGGAAACUUUACCACCUCUUACUACGGUUAAACCAAUUGAAAUAUGCAAGGACACUAGAAUUGAUCUUGCCUUUUUGAUCGACUCCUCUGGUUCAAUCAAAAAGAGUAAUCCCGAAGAUGAAUCAUAUGACAACUGGUCUCUGCUUAAGAACUUUGUUAAGAAAAUUGUUAAUUCCUUGGUUGUUAGUGAAACAGCCAAUCAUGUUGGUGUGGUAACCUAUUCGGAUGAUGCAGAAAUAGUCUUCAACCUUGAAGAAUAUUUCUAUAAACCCGAUAUUUUCUGGGCUAUUGACAAUAUGCCAUACCUUGGAGAAAAUACUAACACUGCUGACGGUCUAAAGGCAAUUAGAGAGGAAAUCUUUGGGCAGAAUGGUGACAGAGUUGACGCUAGAAAUAUUGUCGUUUUAAUAACGGACGGUAGAUCAAAUAGAAAGGUAGACCAAACAAAAUUAGAAGCACAGAAACUCAUUGCCAGCGGAGCCGAGGUGAUCGUUGUUGGAGUAACACAAUUUGUAAAAGUAGAGGAACUUCAAAUGAUAUCAUCUCCACCUCAUCGACUUGGUGUUAAUUACUUUACAAGUUUGGACUUUAACAAACUUCAAAGUAUUAUUAAAGUCAUUCUUGGCAAAGUUUGCGGAACAGUCGCCACUUUACCAACCAUACCAGAUAUUCCAACUGAUAAAGUAACUUUCCCACCCAUAACCAAAGUAACACACGCCGAUAUGACGACGGAAAAGAAUACAUUUAUACCACCAACAUUACCAUCACUUCCACCUGAGUGUAUUGACGCAACAAUCGAUUUAAUAUUUAUUGUUGACACAUCCGGAUCAAUAAAGAAGUCUAAUCCUGCAAAUUGGGAUAUUAUGCUAACAUUUAUCAAACAAAUCGUUCAGGUCUUGGACAUCGGAAAGGUUAGAGUGGCUAUUGUUAGCUAUUCUGCAGUACCUACUUUGGUAAGAGAUUUAUCAGCAACUCAGACAAGAGAAGCGGUUCUUCAGGAUAUAAGUCAAAUUCCAUACGAUGGAAAAAGUACAAAUACAGCUUCCGGUUUGGAAUUAGCUAGAACAAAUGUCAUCGGAAAGGCUGGAGAUCGACCAGAUGCCCUUAAUGUUGUAAUGAUACUUACUGAUGGCAAAUCAAACCGCAGAACUCGUGAGACAAUUCCUCAAGCUCAAAUGAUCAGACUUCUUGGAGCCAAAAUCGUUUCCGUUGGAAUAAGCAAGGGAGUAAAAGAAUCUGAAGUUAAGCAACUUUCGUCUUUCCCUCAAAUUAAGAAUGAAGAUUAUUUCUUGACUCCUGAUUUUGAAUCUUUAUAUAACAUUCUAUCACCUCUUGUUGCUAGAACAUGUGUUACUCUCCCACCGCAACCAACGGCUGUAACUUUCCCUGAACCAACUUCACAGAAACCGCACGAAUCUUGCCAAGACACUCAUAUUGACUUGAUUAUUUUGAUCGAUGAAUCAGGCUCAAUUAAAAAGAGCAAUCCUGAAGAUGGUUCUUAUGAUAACUGGCAGUUACUCAUUAAUUUUAUUAAGAAAGUUGCUUCCUCCAUCGUUAUUGGUGAAAAUGCUAACCAUAUAUCAAUUGCUUCAUUCUCCGAUAAAGGAAAAGUAGUCUUUAAUUUAGAGGAAUACUUUACUAUUGGCGACGUACUCUGGGCAAUUGAUAAUCUGGAUUAUGUUGGUAAGAAUACAAACACCGCCGAUGGCUUACGCAAGGUAAGAACACAAAUUAUUGGUAAGGGCGGAGAUAGACCUGAUGCAAGAAAUAUUGUGCUGGUAAUAACUGAUGGUAAGCCCAAUCGUGAAGUUGAUAAGACUGCUGACGAAUCUCUAAAGCUUAAAGCAACUGGUGCUGAGGUCAUCGCCCUAGGAGUAACAAAUGAUGUUGAUGAUACUGAGUUGAAAUUAUUAUCAUCAUAUCCUAACAAGGAAGGACUUAACUAUUAUAAGACAUUAGAUUUCCAGAAAUUAAAUGAAGCUCUGAAUCAAAUGAUAAAGAAAGUCUGUGGUACUCAAGGACCACCUGCACCAACAGUCAUUGUACCUACUGUACCACCCGCACCACCAGAGUGUCAAUCCACAAAGAUCGAUUUGUGCUUCAUAGUUGACACUUCUGCAUCAAUCCGAAAGAGCAAUCCAGCUGAUCAAUCCUACGAUAAUUGGCAGAUUAUGGUUGAUUUUAUGAAAUACGUAGUAAACGCUAUUGAAAUUGGUCCUGAUGCAAAUCGCGUUGGGGCAGUACGUUUCUCAGAGACGGCUCAUCUUGAAUUCGAUUUGGCCUCACAUACAAGCAAGGAAGAUUUACUUCAGGCAAUUGAUAAAAUAAAAUACGAUGCAUUGAAUACAAAUAUAGCCGCUGGUUUAAGAGUUGCUAACUACGAUGUAUUUGGUCAACCAAGUAAUAGAAAGAACGUAAGAGAUGUUGCAAUUCUCUUGACUGAUGGAAAGGCUAAUAGAGAAGCAAAUCAAGUAACUCGUGAAGCAACCAACCUGAAGAAAGCCGGAGUAGAGAUAAUUGCUGUUGGCAUAACUCAAAAUGUGAAUGGUCCUCAGCUAAAAGCCAUUUCCUCACCUCCUCAAAUCUUAAAUCAGAAUUAUUACAUCACAAAUAAUUUCUACGAUUUAUACAAGAUUAUUGGAGACAUAUGGAAGGUUGCGUGCGCCACUAAAGAACCUGUUGAAGAAACCACUCAAGCACCAACAGUGAAACAGACCACAAAACCAGCUAAUCCUUCUACCACGAAAAAGACUCCAAAACCAACCACUGCAGCUCCCAAACCAACUCUUCCAUCAUGUAAUAGCGAUUUGCCAGAUAAACCAGCUAAACCAGGUAUCACCUUUACACCAGAAAGUGGUUCAACAGAGUUGGAAUAUGUUUGUGAAAUUUCAAUCUACGAUGAAACUAAAGUAGAAAUGUAUGUCGAAUAUAAAGUUGAAGGUGUGCCAGUAUCUAUAUCCUCAAAGGUGACUGGUAGAAGUUACAGACUUAAGGCAUCAGCAAUUAGCCGAACAAUAGCCAUUUAUAAACAAAAAGUUCAGUGUUGUGUCAAGGCACGUCAUAUUGACCAAUGCGGUAAUAUGUAUACUGUUGAAGUUUGUAGUGGAGAAAUACAACAUACAUGCCAAGUUGUUGGCCAGAAAAUCAGCGUAAUGGAAGGACAUGAAGCCCAAAUACCAAUUAAAUGUAACGUUCCGCCUCGAUAUGUUUGCAAUUUAGAUAACAGCGAUGUAGAUUAUGUAUCAAUUGAAACUGAAAUGGAAGUACAAACGAACGAAUUCUAUUGCAAUAAAAAGCCUAUACCACAAUAUGUCUACGGUAAAGCUGGAAACAACAGAUGCGGUCUUCGUGUCAAUGAAAACAACUGGGCAGUAAAUAAAAAUAUGAACAUUCCUAUAAAAGGCACUAUUGACUACAGAAAAGAUACUACUCAAACACGUAAAACAACAGUCUAUCUUAUAAAAUGGUCAACUAGCGGUCAAGAAAUAUGCCGAAUUGAAAUUGGAAUAAUUGUAAUAGAAGUUACCGAAAUAAAACUAAAGCCUGGCAUAAAAUGCUACUCUCAAGGAGAUCCCCAUGUUCAUACUUUUGAUGGUCAUAAGUAUUCUCAUCCAUACGUUGGUGAAUUCUUAUUCUGGAGAAACAAAGAUCAGAGUUCAUUCCCCUAUGAAAUAAGCGUUCAACAUUAUCAAUGUACAAGGAAUGCAGCAUGUAUUUGUGCUAUAGGAGUUAGAGUUGGAGAUGCAGUUAUUACUAUAGCACGUUGUGGCAAGAAAGUUACAAGAAAGGGUUGGGGCUGGAAUCGCAAAGUAUCGCAACCACCCAUGGAUGUUAACACACGAUUACACCCAGGAUCAAAAUUAAUAGGCGUAGCGGUGUAUGAAAUAACGAAGGGAUUUAAAUACCAAAUUAAACUUCCUCAUGGUGGUCUUUUGUCAGUUGAAGCUAGAUAUUGGAAAGGUGGAAAAGCUGCUUAUAUGGAUGUAAGCUAUUAUCCUUCACCUCUUGAUUUUGCAAGCAGUGAAGGCUAUUGCGGAAAUUUCAACGGAAACCCCAACGAUGAUAAAUGCGCAAGAGAUUGCUUACUACAACAAAGAUUUACAUCAGCAACAUCACUUUUUGUUGGUGUUAAAAAAUCCUCUUCCAACACGAAUACAGCAUCGUCAACUGAAUGGUGCUCUUGUCCAAAAUCUGGAAAUUCUUAUUGUAGCACAGAAUCAUACCUCGUCAGAGAUUGUGCUGGUACUUUGAAGGCAACAUCAGGAAAAGAUAUAACUUUGAAUAUUAAUAACAAAGCACCUGAGCCUAGUGCCAGACGUCGUAGAAAUGCGUUCCCACCAGGCAAUCCUGCUGAUCCAAGAUUGAAUGGCAAUGCCAAAUUAAAACCAGAUUGGCCGACGGCAAGUGGUCGAACAGAAACAGAAGUGAGGCAAUUAUGCAAUAGUAAGAUUGCUCAGAGUGAUCUAGCCGCAAAGUGUGUUGCCUUUAUCAACCAGGAGUUUGUUGACAACAAAGUAGAUGACUGUGUCUAUGACGUAGGCUUAACAGAUGACGUUAAAUAUGUCGAUGUGACUUUAGCAGGCUUAAAGGAUGCUUGUUCCACAGCUGCUGCGGCAAAUGUUCCCGCAGCAAAUGCUCCCAAUCAGCCAUUGCCAAAUAAUUUGCAAAAUCUUAAUGCACUCUUGUGCCCUAAUGAUUGUAGUGGCAAUGGUAAUUGCGAUGCCGGCGUUUGUAACUGCAAUAACGGCUUCACUGGUGAUGACUGCUCCAUUGACAAGACGGCUCCACCAGUAGUCUCAGGUGUCGAUAAUGACGGUAUUUGUUCUACAAAUGAUUGUAAGACUUAUACGAUUUUCGGAGAAGAUUUCAUUGAUAGUGGAAUAGUAUGUUAUAUACAACAAAUAACUGUGGAUGACAAUGGAGAAAUUAAAAAAGUUGGAAAUGUAAAACUGAAGGAUGCCACUUAUGUCAGCGCAGCUGAAAUUAGUUGCAACAUUGACGGCGAAGAUUUAACGGUCAAAUAUGAAGUUCAAGUAAGCAAUGAUGGAACAGCAACUACACUCAGCAAAGAGAAGGUCUAUUUUAUUCCUCACAAUCAAUGUUUUGUCUGCGGUUUAAGCUUUGCUGAUACACCUUCAUGUAAUAGGACAACAGAUGGUUGUCAUAUUCAAGGAACGUGUUAUUCAGAAGGUGCGAGAUCUCAGAAUGAUAAAUGUAAAGUCUGCAAACCAACAGUAGAUAAUAGUGAUUGGGUAAGCGAGUGUCCCGUAGAAACUACAGAACCAUCAAAAACGACACGGCAACCCGUUUCACUGACUAAAGACGAUGGACUAUCUAAUAUGGAAAUCGGUUUAGUAGUACUAGCGGUUGUGGUAGCAGUUAUUGUUAUUGGCUUAAUUGCCUACUUAAUUUACGAUAAUAUGAAACGAAAACAACCAGUUCCAACACCUGAAGGAUCUUUAAUAAAAGAAGAUAAAUACAGAAUAGGUCCAACGGCUACCCGCCAAUCAAGAGCCUUCGAAAGCAUGCAGAACAAUCCAGCGCUAGAUGUAAAUGGUCACAAUAGAUAUUAA